AUGACACAGCACCUUUGGGUCCGCCCACAAGGGGCCGAGACAGAGUCCAUGGGCUUUACGCCCACUGCUCACGACCUUCAGAGAAACCCACCUCCUACUUACCCAGUCACGCCUCCCAUAAUCGACCGGGAAUUGGGCUUGAAUAAGGACGGUGAGUAUCCCGGCCGCUACCACGCGUCUCACGCGUCAACGGAGUCGUUCCUGCAGAUGUCCACGACUGGCCCCAGCGACAUGUUCUCUACCCGGGUGCCCGGACCGCAACAUGCUCUGCAGCCGGCCGACUGGAGUCCGGAUCUAAAUCAUGGAAGCAACAGCGUUGCCCCUGAGUGGCCCAUCCCAAAUUCGAUGUCGUGGGUCCCGGGUGACCCCCUUGCCACAGCGGACGAGCAGGGACCGCCCCACGGUGUGCUUCUCCCGCCGUCCAGCUCUGCCGUGUAUCCUGUAGCGUCCUUGAGUGUCGGCUUGCCGCCCACAUAUGAACCUAUUGGCUGGCACGGUAACCAAUUACCAACCCAACCACAGGAUGAGGUGGUGCCAGCCAGCACAUAUGGCGGAGACAGCACGGUAGGUGAGGGCGGGUAUGGCGCACCAAAUAUCCCCUGGGAGCGGAUGGACGGACCACAAGGAAUAUGGCACCCGACUAACCAGACAGACAUUACCUCUGCUCUCCUAGCAGAGGCAACCAUCGUGCCGCCAGCCAUGGCCCACGCAUACUCCCGCAAUAGCGAAAGCACACUCUCAAACGUCACCUCCCCAACGACUUCUUCUAGCACCGCGGCCGCCACCACAACACCCGCCACCACACUUACCAUAACGACCUCUUCCUCUCCGAUUCCACGCAGGCCAAAAUCAAAACCGAACGCUCCAGCGAUACGCCCUAACCGACGCUCCAGAACCACGUCAACAACCCCCACCACCAGCCCAGCCGCCACGUCCCCUUUCCCUUCCACCUCUUCUUCUACCAACACCAACACCAACACUCCCACUGCCCCUCCCAACCCCAAACCCACAACCCUCGUCCGCAACCGCGCAGCGGCCACCCGAUACCGCGCCAAAACCCAAGCCGCGGCCGCCCGCCUCGAAGCCGACGAGCGUGCCGCCGAGGAGCGGAACCGCACGCUGGUCGCACGUGUCGGCGAGCUACAGGACGAAGUGUUCCGUCUCAAGGACGAGGUGCUGCGGCAUGCGAACUGUCACUGUCCGCUCAUUGACGGGUAUUUGGCGCAUGCUGCGGAGAAGGCGUGGUUGGGGCUGCAGAGGAGGGAUAGUGCUGGGGUUGGUAGUUUUGGUGGGAGUAAUUUUGGUGGUAGUGAAGUGAGCGGUGGCGGUGAGGAGGCGGGGGACGAUGAAGGGGACGGCGACAACGCUGAAAAGGGAUUGAUACAAUAG